GCUUUGUUUCCAUGGAGAUGCGUCGCCUUUCGACCCUGGAGAGAUUUUUAACCUUUCUCAAAGCGGUUCAACCAAACAACUCAACAACAUUUAGACCCAGAACAGCUUCAGGACAGCAGGAGAAACAGCCACAGCCCGACCAGAGCAGCUUAAACUGCCGCUCUGUGUUAGACCAACACCCGCUGCACUAAUUUAGUGCUUUAGUGGAUGAGUGUAUUGUAUUUUAUCGCUGUUAAACUUAAACAAUGAGGUGACACCUGCUCAAAACCUGCAUUUACAUAAACCCACUGCAGGUUAGCUAAGCUAAGCUAACUUAACUUAAAUAACCUGCUACACUAUGGCGACUCUAGCCGCUCACAGUAAAGUGUCCGAGUCUGCGGUGAAUCCCUCCGCACGGAAAGCUCAGCACACUCCUCCCAAAGAGGGGAAGAAGAAAAAGAAGAGGAGCAAGGCUAAAGAGAAAAACGCGCCCAGUAGUUCUGAGGUGAAGAAAAGAGGACACCCCAGCACUCCUUCACACUCAGAUGAUUCAGAGAAGCCUCAGGCAGAAGAGUGGACCAAAACAGAGAACAGCAGUGACCCGAACAACACUAAAGGUCAUGCUAAAGAGAUGGGCAGCAGGAAGAGCCGCAAAUGCAAAAUAUCACAGCCUGCUGUGCAAGAGGACCCAGUUCCACCUAAAGAGGAAGAUAAAACAGAACUGAUGCAGGAGAGCCUGAGGUGGGAAGGGGUUCUAGAGGAUCCUGCAGCUGAAUUAGAGAGACUGGCGGUCUACAGAGCCAACCGCCGCAAACGCUACGUAGCUUUCAGACAGACACUUUUAGAAAAUAUCCACGUGGGCUUAUGUCCAAACCCAGAUGUUCAAAAAUCCGACAGAAUGCAAAAGGCUGGAACAGCAGCAAAAGUUUUGUAGAAUCCAGUGCAAUUACAGUUUAGUAGUAAUUUUUACCUAAUGCAGUAGGCCUUUUUAUCUGCCACAUAUUACUCAUUAGGUUCGAUAUGGUAUGAUUUUAAGUGUCAGUUAAACUCAGAUUAAUUAUUCUGAUUAAUUAUAAGGUCAUUAGUUCAGAUCUUGAAUUAUCUUGUCGACGAUGCAGCAGCAAUCAAUGAGUGUAGUAGGUGACCAAGCUGUGUAGGGAUGAUUCAGCAUGUGCAGAAUUUGCGCCCUGGCUUUCUUAUGAUCAGAAACUCAAGCCUAAACACAGCCAAUUUGCAUUUUCAUUUUGUGAUCACAUCAUUUUUAAAAUGUAUUGUUAAGAUUUUUUUUAGUCCACCAUUUAUCAAUAAAAAUAUAUUGAAAUGUCUGAAAAAAUGUGAAUGGUUUGAUAUUGUUCAGUCCAUUUUUACUAUAUAAGACUUCAAUUACACCCGUCACUUAAUGCAUCUUGAGAAUCUAAUAUAUAUAUAUAUAUAUAUAUAUAUAUAUA